UGAUUUAUUAACUAAUAAUGCUGGCACUAAAUAUAAUUUAUAAUUUAUUUGUAUUAGUUAAUUGUGUUACAUAUUUAACAGCCAUUGAUGACAAUAAUGUAGAUGAGAUAACAGCCCUUCCGGGACUUAAAGACAAAAUUUAUUACAAACAAUACGCGGGAUAUUUGAAUAUAACUGAUGGCAAACACUUGUUUUACUGGUUUGUCGAGUGCGAGACCAAUCCAACGGAUGCACCGGUAGUCCUAUGGCUACAGGGAGGACCGGGUGCUAGUUCACUGUUUGCACUAUUUGCCGAAAACGGACCAUUUCGUGUCGAUGCCACGGGAAAGACACUUAAACUUAACCCUAACAGUUGGAAUCGUGUGGUCAAUAUGCUGUACAUUGAGGCACCAGUAGGUACUGGUUUUAGUUAUAAAGAUGACAAACACUAUCACAACACCGACACUACAAGUGCUGCCGACAAUAGACUGGCUUUAGUUGAGUUUUUCAAAAAAUAUCCAAAUUUCAAGAAAACCCAGUUUUAUAUAAUGGGUGAAAGUUAUGCCGGUAUUUAUAUACCGAUGUUGGCCCAGGAGAUACUUAGCACUGGAACUGAUAUUAAUUUAAAAGGCAUUGGUAUUGGUAAUGGCGCUCUGUCUGGUGUCGAUGCUGUCGGUCAAUCGGUUUUUGAUCUAUUGUUAGGACACGGUUUGGUGACUAUCGAGUCGUACGAACGCAAGAUAGAGGCCUGUUGUCAGUGCGCUGCUGACGGCCAUACCGUACGCGAGUGUGACUUCUCUAAACCAGUAAAUGUCACUAAAUGCAAUGAAGUACGGUUAGACCAAACCGACCCAAUAAACGUCUAUAAUAUAUACGAUGAUUGCAGUGGACCAAAUGAUGCCUACCUGACCGCUACGUAUGAACAGUACCAUCGUUCCCGUUUCGAGGCACUGGGCAUUCAGACACUACAACAACGGCAUUCAUCGGCUAACACCAAACUUAUCUGUCCACCUCAAAAUGGUUACACCGAUUAUCUGAAUACACCGGCCGUACAGCUGGCCAUACAUGCGCACAGACCCGACAAAAAUCAAUGGUUUGUUUGUUGCGGUCCGUAUGACUUUCUAUAUGCAUACACACCUCAAUACGAUAACGUACGCCAGUUGAUCAACAAGUAUGGCCUACAGCGGGUGACAGUAUAUAACGGCGAUUUUGAUAUGGUCUGCGAUUUUAUUGAUGACCAGCGAUUUGUUGACAAACUGGGGUUUCAACGUAAUGGCCACUAUAAAGAGUGGACAGUUGACGGUAAAUCGGACGGUAUUAUUGGCGGUUAUGUGGAACGGUAUGAAAAGGGUUUGCAGUUUGUUUUGGUCAGAGGUGCCGGACAUAUGGUUCCCAAAGAUAAACCCGAAGCUGCACUACAAGUGCUCAAAGAUUUAAUAGGAGUCGUAAAAUUGUAA